ACUGGUUCAGAUCCUUCGGGAUGAGCCUAACACAAUAGUGAAGAUUUCAUUGGUAUCUUAUGAAAUUAUUUACUGGAUACAGCUAAAUAGUAAUUAAAUUUCAGUUUAAGAACUUUGAAUUAAUUUCUCCCCUGUUUACAUAUGGAACACAAUUAUUUCGAAGGAGAGUAGGAGUUUAUUGAGUAAAAUAUUCUAAUAUCGCUCAGAGAUAUGGGUAAUGAACACAGUGCUUCGUCUGAUAUUAGAUCACAGAGAGAUGAUGAAUACAAGCAUUCAUCAUUAUCACUUCAGAGACCGAUUGGAGCAGAUAGCACAAAACCACCAUCGAAGCUUUCAUCUAGAAGCAAGAGUGUUCCUGCCCCCUCAGGGUCAAUAGUCGUUGUAGCUGAUGGUCUGAGAAGAUCAGAAACUGAUGCAGAAUUAAAAAUGUUAAAUCAAACUCCAGUGUUUGUUCCUCUCAUAGAAUCAGCAUCCUUGCCAAGGAUCGAUAAAUCGUCUCUCCUAAAAAUGGCCGCAAGAUACGAGGAACAUUUAAAAACUUGCUCGGAAGCUAUUGUUUUCGACCAAAAUGUUUUAUAUACACGAAUAAGAGAUAUCGAUUCACUAGCUCAAAAUGUCUAUAUGUCAAUGACGGAAAGACAGAGAAAGUAUGCUAAAUACGCAGAGCAAUUGCAAAGAAUAAGUGACACACGGUCGACACUUACAAAGAUAAGGAUGAACAUGACAAAAACUGUACAUUUGAUGAAGGAAUUGAAUGAUAGAUUACCAGAUGAUGAAAAAUUAGAGGAAUUUCAUGUGAACAUAAUAGACGAGUCUAGCACCCCAGCUGAAUAA